AUGUUUUCAAACACAGCCAAGGAUUCAAUUUUCUAAGAUGAAAUCGUUUCCUAAGAGAAUAUCUUAUCUCCUCAAUCAAUUGAGAUGGAACCAUUUUCAGAUUUUGAAUCAAAUUAUCACUUGUCAUUCAAUACAAAAGAAUGCCUAUAAUUUUAAGAUAAGGAGGAUCAAGAAAUGAACUAUAAAAUUAAAGAGGAUGACACAUCUCUUUAAUAAGAGCAAAACAAAAGGAAAUAAAAAAUUUGGAAUGAUGAGGAGGAUUAGAGACUCAGAUAUUUAUUUGUUCAAUUCCAAGGAAAAUGGAAUGAAAUCGCGAAGCACAUGCCUCAAAGGAAUGCUUCUUAGUGUCAAUAAAGAUGGAGAAGAAUUAAUCCACCCAAAGAUACAAGACAUAUCUGGACUCAGGAGGAGGAUGAUAAAUUAAAGUAGUUGGUUUAAGAUUUAGGAAAGUAAUGGAUGAAGAUUGCAAAAUGUUUCGGCAACAUUACAGGCAAAUAAGCUAGAGAUAGAUUUAUAAACAAAUUGGAUUAAUCCAUAAAGAAGUAGCCUUGGACUUACGAAGAGGAUAUGUUCAUUUUGGAUUAGUACAUAAUCAAUGGCCCUAGAUGGACGAAAAUUUCGAAUCAUCUAAAUGGAAGACCUGAGAAUCAUGUUAAGAAUAGAUUUUAUAGUUUCAUAAAAAGGAAAUACUUGGGAGAAUAGAAUAGAUAUCAAAUAAUAUAUUCUUGAAUUGCUUCUCAUUUUCUCAUCUCACAAGAAUGAGAAGCUCAAUUAUUUAUUGAGUUAUAUAUAUAUACAUCGCGUUAUAAAGUAUACAUGCAUAAAA